AUGAAUACUUUGUACGGAGAUACGACUCUUACGUGGCAAGAUGGAGACUUCCCUAAGACAGUUUGCCUAACGACGUCGGAAGAAAAUGAUACGGCCUCUCAGAACCUCUUAAGACAUCAUCAGAACAAGAAGGAGGAACUGUCAAGAGCUUGGUCACUGGUCUACUCAGCCAUGCUGGUGUCGCGGACGCUGCUGGCCGUGGCGCUGGCGCUAGCGCUGCCCUGCGCGAGGGCGGCGCCGCUGGGCGCGGCCGAGGCCGUGGGGCGAGGGCGCUGGGGGCUGGAAGCGCCGCGGGCGCUGCAGCAGCCGGGAGAAGCACUACAGCGGCUGUCGCCGUUCGCUGCCGCGGCGCCACCGGCGCCCCCCGCCCCCGCCGUCGACGCAGGCGCC